AUGAGUAACAUGUUCGGGUUUAUGCAUCGCCCUCCCAAUACUGAAGGUCCUCUCGAGAACACUGGGCGUCCUACUACUAGUGGGAAGUCUACAGGUGGUUCCGUUCCCCAGAUUUACUCGGCCUACCAAGAUGUCCAGCUUAGACACGAUCGGAUGGCUUCUCCGCCGCCAGUGCCACGCGCACCCAGCGUCCUACCUAGUCCAAGCCCACCACCCGAGGCCCGCCAAACUCGCAAAGGACAACCUUCUGAUCCCGCUAAGGCGCCUCAAGUUUUGGCCGGCAACACAGCGCCUGGCUUCCGUACAGUGUUCUCUGGGAAGAAAGUACCUCGAUCUUCAGACGUGGCUGGCAAGUCAGUACCCAAGCCUCCAGGUCUGGCUGGCAAGAAAGUGCCUAAAUCAACUCCUACCAAAGUUGCAAAGAAGACCGCCAACAGGGUCAAGCCAGGUGUGGCCAUCAAGUACAACUACGACGCCGACAAAGCACCUAUAUUCAGGGGACAUGUAACCGGAGGUCGGACCGUCACUGACGAGCAGUACUGUGAACAAGAAAUCGCCCACUACCAGCGUACCACCGGCCAUCUUAUUCCUAAGAUCAAUAUAGUUAUGCUCACAAAGAUCGUGAUGAAGGCUUUUGAGGGCGAGUACCCCGACGGCCACAGCCAGAAGGCUGUCCGGAUCACUGGCGAGGCUCUGGAUAUUGUUCAUGAAGCCGUUGAAGAGAUGAUCACAAGUUUCCUCAUUGCCGGCCAAAUUAUCGCUGAGUCACGUAAGGUUAAGACUGUUACGCCCGCAGACCUGAAGGUUGCCGUGAGAGCCGCUAGGGUGCUUGGCCCCUAUUCGCGUCUGCUGGAGGAGCACGACUUUGGCGAUCCCGAACAACGUGGCUAUGUUCGGGGUCCGGUCCUAAGUGGUGAGGUUGUUUCUCCUCUACGUCCUCGAGCUACUAGUGACGCUGCUUAUCUUCGACGUUCUCAAGCUCCUGUUGAAGCUGCUCGUCCUCGACGUACUAAGGCUACUGUUCAAAUUCCUAGUGAUGAUAGCGAGGAUGGGGGCGAGGAUGAUAUCAUGCAGGAAUAA